UAUCAGCAGAAAAUGUCCUCAAGGAGCGGUUCAGAGUGGCGGACCAUCUCCUGCCGUCAGGCAGCCCCAUGGGCGCGCCUCUCUCCUCCUCCCUCACCCCACCUCUCGUCUCCUCCUCCUGGACCCUCGGCCACAAGUUCGACCAGUCCAAUUGGAGCAAGGAUCAUCAGGGAGGCCGCAUCAACGCCUCUCCAGACAGCCUGGAGACGUCACCCAACCCCAACCAGAACGGCUCUGCUGCUGGUGCUGACACGCCUUCCCGCCGGCACAGGAGGGAAGGCGGCAGAAGAGCAGGAAGCUGCACUGGCGGUGGGAACGGAAGUAGGAAAUCUGUUGGGGAGGAGAAGGAAUUGGAGGGGAAAGCUUCGGGUGAAGAAGUGGCAUCUCUGAUUCGCUCCCAGUCUCGGAUCACUGAGCAGCUGACAGCUGUCGCCGACCGAUUGGAUGGGCUGCUGUCACGGUUGGAUAUCAUUUCGACUGGAGCAGGGGGUGCUGUGACGAGAAACGGGACUGCGGUGGGGAAUGGCGGCAGCAGCCAAUUGAGUCCUGCCACGUCAGCGUUGACUGGCCAGCUUGUGGCAGGAGGGAACGGGAGGCUCACUCCUGUUUCUGCUGCUGCUGCUGGUGCUGCUGGUGCUGGGGGUGGUGUGAUGGGACUGAUGAAUGGUGCUGCUGGUGUAACGACAGUGGGCAUGGGUGGUAACAAUCAUUGUUACGAUGUGAACGGAGUUGGAGUGAAUGGAGUGGGGAGCGGUUCAGAGGGCUUUGUAGCAAUGGCCCCAGUACCAGUGCCAGCAGCAGCAGCACUGGUGCUUGAAGUGAGGGAGAUCGCCAACAACCAAAGAAGGCUCGGGUCUGAGAUUGACUCCUUGAGUCGUCUCCUUCGCGACUCGCUCGAUUCCGAUACCCCCUCCUCCGCACGCCAUCGCUCCUCCCAUCGCCCUUACUCCUCCUUGCCCCACCACUCCCACUACUCCUCACUCUCUGAUUCCCCCACCUCUGAUUGGUCUGUGUCUCGGGUGGCGACUGUUGCACUGCCAGCUAUUGCCGCGUGUGCUGUUGGGUUGGGCUUGGCCGUGCUGGUGAGGGCAAAACGGUCCAACUAGUAGUAACAAAGGAGGAGUUUGGAGGUUUCUUGAAACAAUGGAAGGGUGGUGGUGGCAUGGAUGGAAUGGCCCACAUAUAUGGUACUCAUUCAGAACUGUGGGCACAGCACAUCCGGAAGGGAUUUGAGCAAGGAAUGUGGUAUGUGCACAAUGGAGAGCAUAUAUCUGCAUGCAAUGCUGUGUCUGAAAUGCCGUGUAAAUUGAAAUGGUAUAACCAUCUGAAGCUGAUGAUAUGUUGAGGGAUUAUAUUUACCCACAUGGGAGGGAUCA